AUGUGCGAGGGGGCGGGGCGGCGCGGGGCGAGGCGGCGGCGACGGCGGCGGCCGCGGCGGGCGCGGCGCCAGGCGAGGCGGCUGGCGCUGCUCCUGGUCGGCCGGGGCGCGCGUCCCGUCCCUUGCGCGCCCACACAGCCGCCAGCCGCCGCCAGCGUUCGCGCCGGGUCCCAGCCAGGCGAGCGGCGACGCGCCCAGGCCCGCCGUCAGGAUGGCCGAGCGCACCAGCAGCACCAGUCUCCCCCUCCGCCGCCACCACCACCACCACCACCAGUCCCUCCAUCACCACACCCACCACCCACCCCACCACCAAGUCCACCACCAAGUCCACCACCACGAUCACCAGCAGGACCAAGUCCGCCACCAGCGCACCAGCUUGGCAUCAUUGCCAACGGUACCGAAGUCCUCCACGAUCACCACCCCCCACCCCCACCGCCACCACCGCCACCUCCACCAUCACCACCACCGCCACCUCCAACAUCGCCACCACCAACAACUCCACCACCACCGCCACCUCGACCAUCGCCACCACCACCACCACCAACAACAACUCCACCACCACCGCCACCUCCAGCACCAGCACCACCACCAUCACCAGCAGGACAAUACCGAAGUCCUCCACGAUCACCACCCCCACCACCCCCGCCACCACCGCCACCACCACCAGCUCCACCACCACCACCGCCACCUCCACCACCACCACCACCACCAUCACCAGCAGGGACCAAUCCUCCACGAUCACCACCCCCGCCACCCCCGCCACCCCCGCCACCCCCGCCACCACCUCCACCAACUCCACCAGCUCCACCAACACCAGCUCCACCACCAAGUCCACCAUCACCACACCGCGUCGGGCACCAUCGCCAACACUCCUGGAGUCCAUCACCACCGCCGCCUGCCACCGGGACCGUGCACACCAUCGCCACAGCAGCCCGCGCACCGGCACCAAGAGCACCGAGGUCAACCCCCAGCACCAGCAGCAGCAGCACCAAGUCGUCCUCCACCAGCAACACAAGCACCAGCACAGCCUGCACCUCCAGCCCCACCAGCCCCUCCUGCCCCAACAUCCCCUCACGGUUCCCCUGCCUGCACGCCCCCUCCUCUCCAAGUCCUCACUGGUCAAUGAUCCUGUGUGGCAUUUGUCCCUUUGGCCUCUCUGAAUCUCAAGCCCAGGACGCCCCCUGA